AUGUUCCGUCUCAAGUCCACCCCACUCUCUCUCUUCGCUUCUCCCUGCGCUUUCCACCCCGUUGCCAAACGCUCUUUCGCUUCUUCCGCAAUCAUGGCCGACACCAAGGCUUUCUUCGAGGUCCAGUACGCCCCUGUGGGCUCCAGUGCCCCCAAGGUUGGCCGUAUCAACUUCAACCUCUUCGAGGAGAAGGUCCCCAAGACCGCCAAGAACUUCCGUGAGCUCUGCAAGCUCCCCAAGGGCCAGGGCUACAAGGACUCUAGUUUCCACCGUGUGAUCCCCCAGUUCAUGCUUCAGGGUGGUGACUUCACCCACCACAACGGUACCGGUGGCCGCUCCAUCUACGGUGAGAAGUUCGCCGAUGAGAACUUCAUCUUCAAGCACGACCGCCCCGGUCUGCUCUCCAUGGCCAACGCCGGCCCCAACACCAACGGCUCCCAGUUUUUCAUCACCACCGUCGUCACCUCCUGGCUCGACGGCAAGCACGUCGUCUUCGGCGAGGUUGCUGACGCCAAGUCCAUGGAGGUAGUCAAGGAGAUCGAGGCCCUUGGCUCCUCCUCCGGCUCCAUCCGCUCCGCCACUAAGCCCACCAUCGUCAACUGCGGUGAGAUCUAA